UUGUCUCGAGAUAUGUCCCGCCCCUCUCGGAAUUCCUCAGCGGAAGUCUCUUCCCAUUGGGCGAGCGCGUCAGACUGCAGAAAACAACAAACAAGAUAGGGUGAAGACCGUCGGGAUGGAUGCAGCUACCUUGACAUAUGACACACUUCGCUUUGGAGAGUUUGAAGAUUUCCCUGAGACCUCGGAGCCUGUGUGGGUCUUAGGCAAAGAAUACAAUGCGCUCACAGAGAAAGAUGAGAUUCUAUCAGAUGUCACUUCACGACUGUGGUUCACAUACAGAAAAAACUUCCCACCGAUUGGUGGGACAGGCCCAACAUCAGAUACGGGAUGGGGUUGUAUGUUACGAUGUGGCCAGAUGAUUCUAGGCGAGGCCUUGUUGUGUAGACAUUUAGGCAGAGACUGGAGAUGGGCCGGAGGCCAGAAACAAAGAGAAGAGUACAUCAGUAUUCUCAACGCCUUCAUUGACAAAAAGGACAGCUAUUAUUCUCUCCAUCAAAUUGCCCAAAUGGGAGUUGGAGAGGGAAAACCUAUCGGCCAGUGGUACGGACCAAACACAGUCGCCCAGGUUCUAAAGAAGCUGGCGGUGUUUGAUACAUGGAGCAGAUUAGUUGUACACGUGGCGAUGGACAACACCGUGGUCAUCGAGGAGAUCAAGCGUCUCUGCAUGCCCUGGCUGGAUGCGGCAGGAGCCUGUGGGGGAGCAGAGGGGCAGGGGGAGCUGAACGGCUGCCUCGAGGGUGCCUGUGCCAUGGCCGAGGAGGAAACGGCUCUCUGGAAGCCUCUGGUACUGCUUAUCCCCCUCAGGCUGGGUCUGAGCGACAUAAAUGAGGCCUACAUCGAAACCCUCAAGCAAUGCUUCAUGCUGCCUCAGUCCCUGGGCGUUAUUGGGGGGAAACCCAACAGUGCCCAUUACUUCAUUGGUUAUGUCGGAGAGGAACUCAUCUAUUUAGACCCACACACCACACAGCCUGCAGUGGAGCCGUGCGAGGACAGCCAGGUCCCCGAUGAGACGUACCAUUGUCAGCACCCACCCUGUCGCAUGCACAUCUGUGAACUGGACCCGUCCAUCGCCGCGGGUUUCUUCUGCAGAACAGAGGACGAGUUUGACGACUGGUGUAUGCGCAUAAGAAGGCUGUCCUGCAAAAGAGGGGGCCUGCCAAUGUUUGAGCUCGUAGACAGUCAGCCCUCUCACAUGGUCAGUGUGGAUGCCCUGAACCUCACGCCUGACGUUCCCUUCACAGACUUCUCAGACUCGGACCGGUUGGAGCGGUUCUUUGAUUCAGAAGACGAGGAGUUUGAGAUCCUUUCCCUGUGAGGAACGUACGAACAAUGAUUUACUGUUCUCGACAGUGGGCAAGGGAUUCUCCGUCUCUUCUCUGUAUCAGAAGGAAAGCCUGAGAGGAGGAACAUUAUUUUGGAGACCCUCUUGAGCCAGUCCAGCUCCAACGGUGUAGUUGGUGUGUCACAGUUUUCUCCAACCUCUGAUUACUCUCUGUAUCCAACAUUGAGACUACCCGGUGGAAGCCGCGGCAGGAGCUCAGGAUCAAUUAUGUAUGCACAUCUUCACAUACGGUGCAUACGGAAAGUAUCAAAAAAAAUUAACAGAAUCCAUUUUAAGACGAGUCUGAUAGAUAAUUAAAUGUCAAAAACUUGGAAGGGCCUGAAAACUUUCCGUAUGCACUUGCACAUGUGUUUGUAUUUGUGUCUUAACACUUUAAAAUGUUUAUUCUGAGGUGAUAUGGUGCCUUCCCCUGACUCCAAAAGUAAAAUUGCCAUAACAGUUUUGUUGUAUAGAACACAAUGGGUUAUAAUGCCCAUGGCUUACGCGGUUUGUCACUAAUAACUUAAGUCUGUAACAGCCUGUAACAAAACCAAAUUUAGUCAAAUCUGCAGACAUGUUGUAGUAAUUGUUCAUGCAAUGUUCCCUCGCCAAGUCUGAACACAUACACCAGUUCAUUUGAAGACUAUUUAUUUAAUCAACACAUUAUAUAGACAGGUGUAAUAACAAAAGACAUGUAAGAGGAAUAAAAACUACCAGAAUCUGA